ACUAAAAAACAAAUCUAAUGCGCAUGCGCUGACCGGAACUAGUUGUUUUGGACAUGCAUGCUUUUCAGUAGUGUGAUCAAUAACGUUUCAUGUGAUAUUUUUUAUAAAAAUUUAAAGAUUCAUACAGAAAAGUUUAUAUAUAAAACACUGAAAGGGUGGAAUAUCAAGAAUUAAAUUUUUUAAUGGUUGUGCCAUGAAGUUUAAAAAUCUUUUUAAGGUUAUGUUUUGAACGUGGGUGUAGCAAUGUGCCUCUAUAAUUAUAUUCACUAGUACAAAUAAAAAAUAUAUUACACACUUAUUAAACUUAUUUAUAAGUGUGUAUCAUAAUAAAAUUUUCUGUUGACAAAAAAGAAUUAAAAAAUUAUAACAAUGAAGUUUUUCACUAACUCUAUAGCACGUUGUGCUGCAAGAAUUGGUACAUUAAGUGGAUUUGAAAGAAUGCCUGAUGUUUCUUUUGAAACACCUUUACUUCUUGUUUAUACAAAGAGUGGCAGUGUACCACAUUUGACGAAAGAUAUCUUUAAAAUGGUAACAUCCGAACAACAAUUACUGUCUGUUUCACUUCCUUCUACUAUAUUAAUGGCAGAUAUUAUUAAAGAGGUUGAUACUUCUUUUGCUACUUUCGUCAAUAUGAAGGAAUAUAUAAACUUUUUAUCAAUUCAAGAUCCUGCAUAUACUACAAAUUCUGGCUUUCAACAAUUGGAUUCUAUUUCAGUUUGGUCUAGAAUAGGAAGAAUGGUUCUUACUGCUAAUAAAUAUAUGGAGCUUGUAGAAGCUUAUAAACCAGAUCUCUAUGUUGCUCUAUGCGAUGGAGAUACUAACAUUAAUAGUAGUGCAAAACGAGUAUCAAAGGCAAUCAUUCGAAGUAAAACUUUGCUAGAACAAUGUUUGAAUAUGCAUCUGAAUUCAGAUACAUUAAAAUCAAAAGGAAUAUUAGGACCAGUGGAAGGUGGUUAUAAUUUACAAGCCAGGGAAGAGUCCAUAGAUUAUUUAAAAGAUAAGCCUUUGGCAGGAUUUGUAAUAGAUGGAUUACACAAUAACGGUCCAACUGUACAGAAUAUUUCAUCGGAACAAAUUAAACAAGUAGUGCACCAUACCAUUAAUUUGUUGCCUACUGAUAAAGUAAGGGUAUCAAUGGGUUGUUGGAAUCCAGUUACAACACUUGAUCUUGUGGAGUUAGGAGUAGAUGUAUUCGAUUCAUCUUAUCCUUAUGUAAUUACUGAGCAAUCACAAGCUUUAACUUUUAUGUGUGAUCAUGACGCUUGCGAAAAUGAUCAAUACGCAAUAUCAGUAGCAGAAAAGAGAUACAAAGAUGAGUUUUCUCCUAUUUGUAAAAAAUGUAAAUGUCUGACCUGUCUGAACCACACGAGAGCGUAUCUCCAUCAUUUGCAUCAUACAAAGGAAAUGCUUGGAUCAGUACUUUUAAUGAUACAUAACAUCCAUCAUUAUUUGGAAUUCUUUACUGCAAUUCGUCAUAGUAUAAAAAAUGGAACAUUCAAUCAACUUCAGACAAGAAUUCGUUUGAAAUAUGCAACUACUAAAUCUGAAUGUACUGUUGCAUAACUAUUGCAUUAUUUUUAAUAAAUUAUUUUUACUCUA